AUGCAUUCGCUUUCAGCCUCUGGGGAUCAGAACACUCCACCUACAGACGGCCAUGUCAAUGGCAGGACUCGAGCGAGGACGGAUGCAUCUCCGUCUAGAUGGUCUUUCUCAGCAUCGACAAACCAGAAGACUCCCGCUAGAUCCUACUUCCAGCGUUCUCUUCACGAACCAUCUGCAGCGCUGGACAUUCCACAAAACACGUCCCAGAGCGUACGACAAGACACCGCAGAGUUAGCUUCAUGGGCGCUUUAUGACCCUAAUCGCAGAGACGCCACUCCCCCACAGUACCUGGGAACAGACUCAACACUUCAGCCUCCUGAUACACAAUUCGCGAAACACAUCAUAGAGUAUGGAAGUAGCCACAGAGGCUCUAACAGCUCUUCAAGACCAAAUGCAAUUGAAGAGAUAUCCGAGCCGCCUUCGCAACAUACCUCACGAUCUUCGUCCAGAUCGCAGGGAAGGUCUGCAUUGACAGAAAUGCUCCGCAUGUCCACUCCUACAGAAGUAUCAUCGACACGGUCGGAAGAUGAGGGAUCCCACCAUAAGGUCGACCAUCGUAUUGUGACAGUCGAUGGUAUCAUGUCCCGACCAACCGAGCAGACCACGUUACUUCUCAAAAAAAAUACAUAUAGAUCCGAUACUUCACCCAUUUAUGGCUCAGUACAGGACUUAGAAAGUCUCAAAGCUUCCCCAAAGUCGUGUUCUGCUCGUGGUAAUGCGAGCAUGGGUCAGUUCAGAGGGAGGCCAUCUCAGUCUCUUAGACUUCUUGCCAACCCCUCUAAAUGGGACCGCAGGGGCAUCUGGGAAAAAGGCGUCCGCCAGCCGCUGAGCUUCGUACCGUCCAUCGUUCUAGGUCUGCUUCUCAAUGUGCUCGAUGCCCUAUCGUACGGAAUGAUCCUCUUUCCAUUGAGCCAAUACCCUUUCACAGAUCUUGGACCUGAUGGUAUUUCAAUUUUCUACAUCAGUUGCAUAGUGUCACAGCUUGUUUACUCCUGUGGAGGUAGUAUCUUCAAAGGUGGCAUAGGGUCUGAAAUGAUUGAAAUUGUUCCUUUCUUCCACAAAAUGGCCUACACUAUCCUUGCUCAGGUAGGAGAGGAUAAUCCUAAAGCUGUGCUUGCAACGACGAUACUUUCCUAUUCAAUCAGCUCGCUUCUAACAGGUGCAGCAUUUUUCGCUAUGGGACAAUGCAAGAUUGGAGCUCUCAUCGGGUUCUUUCCACGGCACAUUUUAAUUGGAUGCAUUGGGGGUGUCGGUUUGUUUCUCGUUCAGACAGGGCUCGAAGUAUCUGGUCGACUUGAGGGAAGCUUCGAGUAUAAUCUGCCAACGAUACGAGAGCUUCUCUUACCAGACAAAGUACCACUCUGGAUGGUGCCCCUAACCUUGGCCAUCGUUCUUCGGAUAGCGAAGCGCUGGAUUAAACAUCCUCUUACAGACGCGACUUUUUUCAUAGCAAUUAUUGCCGUCUUCUAUUUCUUUGAAUGGUUAAUCCCUAACAUUAGCAUUGAUGGACUUCGAUCUAAAGGUUGGGUUUUCGAAGCGCCUAAAGCAGGUGUUCCGUUCUACCAUUUCUACACUCUUUAUGAUUUUUACGCUGUAGAUUGGGCGGCUCUUGGAUCAACCGUGCCUGCCAUGCUUGCUCUAACGUUCUUUGGGAUCUUACAUGUGCCUAUCAACAUACCAGCUUUGGGCUUGCACACCGGUGAAGAUAACCUCAACAUUGACAGGGAGCUUAGAGCGCAUGGGAUAUCCAAUGCGCUCUCCGGCUUAUGUGGCAGCGUUCAGAUUGUCAUAAUCGUGAUCACAAUGGGGGUUUGGGACUUUGUUCUUGGCAUAGUGGUAGGUAUUCUGUUGGCCUGCGUAAGCUACGUGCUUCAAACCUCCCAGAUAUCAGCAAUACGAGGUAAACUGUACGGUGGUGUUGCUAAUUCUACGGUCCGGCGACAUCCAAUACAACAGAAAUUCCUGCAAGAUGCUGGCAGGCAAGUCCAGGUCAUGAGACUGGGCGGAUACCUCUUUUUCGGGACCAUCGUAGGAGUCGAAAAGGAGAUUCGUCAACUCCUCGAAGAACCAUUUCAAAAACAACCAAUUCAGUUCUUGGUACUUGAUCUAUUCAAUGUAGAUGGCGUCGAUUUCUCUGCCGCUGAAGCCUUUACCCGUAUCAAUCGCAUAUUGAACGUUAAGCAUGUCACAUUGGUGAUUUGUGGCAUCUCAUUAGCAGGCGAAAUUGGGAAAAGCCUGCGCAACGUAGGCCUGUUUGACGAGGAGGACAAUGUUCAAUAUUUUUACAGCCUCAACUCCGCGCUCGAAUUUUGUGAGAAUGGGCUGCUGAAGGCAUUUUAUCACCAUCGCGAGCUCAAACGAGAGACCGAGUCAACCCCGACCUUUCUUGGUAAGCUUUCUAGACCAAACCAUCGUAUUGAGCUCACGAGAUACCCAGAGAUACCACGCACGGAGCGCACAGGCCCUACGGAGUCAGCUGCUCUGACGUUCAGUUCACCACGCCAGCGGCAUCUUCACCAAGUCGCUACUACAACAUUGAGCGAACAGGAUCCCGCACCUCCGGCAAAAUGGGAGCAGUAUGAUCAACCCUUCAAACUAAUUCUUCAAACAUUCACUACGGUCUCGGACGAGCCAGAGAGCUUUUGGGCACCAGCAGCAGCAUUUUUCAGCCGGAGAGUCUUCGCAGCCGGAGACAUUCUGUACAAUGUCAACGAGUCAGCGCAAGGCUUCUACCUAAUUGAGAGGGGCAUUCUGAAGGCCCGUUAUGAUCUUCCCCAGGGUAAUUACUCUGAAUUGAUCGUAGCUGGUACAACAUGCGGGGAACUGCCAUUCUUCUCCUCUACGGCAAGGACAUCGACAACUCAUGCAGAACAGGACGCUGUCAUGUGGAUGCUGACUCGGGAGCAGUGGAGUCGAAUGCAGGAAGAGAAGCCGGCAAUCGCGCAGGAAUUACUCAAAAUCAGUCUCAGGCUGACGAGCGAAAGAAUGGAUGCAAUAACGAAGUGA